AUGGGGCUCAGGGAUGCGCUGCGGAAGAAGGAUGCUAUAGAUCAGGAUCAGGGCCCGGACAUCACCUUUGUGCGCUCCGAUACUGUUUCGCAGCAGGUGAUUAUGCCGUCGGACGAGGGAGCCCUCGGCCAUAACGAUGGCUUGCUGUCGCCCACGUCAACGAGCGGAGAGCACCGAAAGUCGAGACGCAGCUUUGACUUCUUCCACUCAGAUCAGUCGCGGAGCGGCUCAGCAUCCUCGUCCACGUCCAAGAAGGAGAGCGCGGCAAGACGCCUGUCGCACAGGCUGCAUCUAAGUCGUCCGCCCGAGACCUCUGACCAUGUGCCGCAGAACCUGCCGGAGAUUGUGGUCCCAAACGACGUGCAGGAUAAAGAUGCCGCAGAGCUGCAGUGGGAGAAGCGGGCAACCAUGCUAGCCGGGCAGAACGACCUCGCCAGGAGUCGGCCGUCGUCAAGAGAUGCCUCAGACAGCAUGGCCCAUAUGAGUCUAGACGCUCGCAGCCGAAGUCCUUCGGCCAACUCGGGGCGGGUUUCGUCCAAGGAGAUCGAUGCCGACAUCCAAGAGGCGAUUCGGCUGCAUGAGGAGGGGAACUUUGCAGAAGCGACCAAGAUAUUCGGGCGCCUUGCAGACGAGAACGGCGCCAACAAUCCACUUAGCCAGGUUCUCUAUGGACUGGCACUUAGGCACGGCUGGGGCUGCACACCAGACCCUGGGCGAGCGGUCCGCUAUCUAACGGCCGCGGCAUCUAACGCUGCGUCGGUCGAGGAAUUGGCCAUCCAGGCCGGUCUCAAGAAGGGAGGAGCUGCAAAGGGAGAGCUAGUCCUGGCCAUCUACGAAUUGGCCAACUGUUUCCGCAACGGCUGGGGCAUCGGCAAGGAUCCAAUCGCUGCAAAGCAGUACUAUGAGACAGCGGCAAAUUUGGGCGACACUGAUGCCAUGAACGAGGUUGCCUGGUGCUACCUAGAGGGCUACGGCUGUAAAAAGGACAAGUAUGCUGCAGCCCGAUAUUAUCGACUGGCUGAGAAGGGCGGCAACAAGACACUAGGAAAUACAUGGAUAUGGAAGGAAAAGUAUGACCCAGGUAACGGCAAGAAAAAAUAA